AUGAAAACAAUUUCUCUCUGCCGCAUAGUCCGAACAUGUGAUCACAAACAAUCGACAAAAUAAGAUUUUGAAUAAAAACAAAUUAGACACACGUUUUUAUAAAUAAAUUAAAUAUGGAGGAAGAAGCAGUGGAAAAUAAUGAAAUGAAAAAACUCACUUUUUCUUACACGGCGAUUAGUAAUAAACUUAAUCCACCUUUGAUUAUAUUGAUGUCGGAAUAUAAAUCAAUGACAGUUAAUAAUUUGAAAAGAAUAUUAUUAAAAAGUUUAGAUAAAUCGGAAUUAGAAUUUAAUCGAGUGUCAUUGUCAAGAAUUUCGAAAGAUAAAUAUUAUGAUUUACUACUUGAAAAUAAUAGUAUUGAGGGAACAAAAGCAAUGAAUAAUAAAUUUAUUUACGCUUUUGAAAUUUCAUAUCUUAAACAAAGUUUUACUUGCUCAUUAUGCAAUUAUAAAUAUGUAAAUGAAUUAAAAUUACACAAAUUCUGCAAGAAUUUUAUCAUUUUAUGUGAUAAAUGCAUAGGCCCAUAUGGAUUAUUAUUUUGUACCGUGUGUUGUCGUGAAAGAAAGCCUACAGAUUUUAUUAAAAUUAACAAAAGGGCAACUGUAAUUUCAAUUUUAAAUAUUCCAUUAUCUCUUCAUGAAAUUGUUAUCACAGAUUAUUCAAAACAAAGUUUAAAAAAACUAGGAUUUUCUAGUUUAUUUACAUUGACAUUCGAAAAUCACUCCAAUGAUGAUUCAUCUCAAAAUAAUAAUAUUUCAGUUCAUUUCAUUGAUACGCAGGAUCAUCAGUGUUCAUCAUCGUGUUAUCAUGAAAUUGAAAGUCCUCAAAAUUGUGAAUCAACUUUGUCUACUCGCAAAAAAUUGCUUUCUUUAUUUGAUUCUCAAAAUUCAUUUCUCGAAUUCUUAAAUCCUGAUGACAUAAAAAAAGAUCACAAUUUGAAUGACGAUAAAAAUAUCGUUCUAAAUAAAUCAAAUUUGAAAAAUGAUUUUUGUGACUCUCUUCAAUAUGAUGAUGAUGAUAAUAAUAAUUUAAAGGAUAAAAAAAAUAUUCCUUUUGAAAAUUCAAAUUUGCAAAUUGAUCCUUUAACAACUCAAAAUUCUUUAAACAAAAUAGAUAAAGAAACUGAAAAUGAUGAUAAAAAUAUUAUUCACGACAAAUUAAAUUUUCAAUUAAUUUCAUCUCAAUUGCAUUCUUCGCAUACAUCUCAAGUUGAGGAUAAAAAUAUUCAACAAAAAUCAGAACUAGAACUUGUUUCUUCUCACUGUGAGCAAAAAAAUAUUGAUGAACUUAAAUUCGACUGUUUUAAUGAAAAAUCCAAAAUACUAGAUUCAAUUGUGAAUAAAUUGCAAAAAAUUGAAGAAACUAUGACAAAUUUUAAGAUUAAAGAAACAAGAAUUAAAUUUAAUCCAUUUGAAAAUUUAAAAUUCUCCGGAAGAAAUGAUUUUACACAUCCAAUGCGUUUUAUCGAGAAUUUUGAAUUUUUUGCAAAUCAAGAAAAUUUAAACGAUUAUGAAAAACAAUAUUUCUUAGGACAAGCGCUUACAAAUGAAGCCAAUGAAUGGCUAAAAAUUCAUGGCUAUAAAAAAACUUACGAAGAAUUACGUAAUUCAUUUGUGAAUUUUUUUUGGAAUAAAGAAGAUCAAUAUCGUUUUAUAACAUUUUUAAAAAAUGGAAAAUACAAUGAAAAACAAAUAAAAUUAUCGAAAAUUACUUAUUUUCAUAAAUACGCUAUGGAGGCAAAAUUUUUAAACAAUAUACCAUCAGAAGAAAUUUUAAUUGAUUUACUCAGCGAACAUUUUGAUACGUAUAUUCAACAAAAAUUAUAUUCAAAUCAUCCAAAAUGUAUUGAUGAUGUUUUACAAAUUUUGAGAAAUUUAGAAAUUUCUGAUCUUAAUUAUAAUUUAAAUAAAAAAUUGUCGUUGAAUUUUUUUAGUUCCUCAUUGGCGACAAAAAGUCGAACUGGCACAUGGAAAGAUUGUUUAAAUAAUAAAUAUGAUAUAAUUAAAAAAGAAGGUCAAACUUCAUAUAGAUGUUUAACAACAAAAUUAUGGCCAUUACAUACAUUGAGUUAUAAAAAUUCAAUGUCAGAUAUAAGAAAUUUUAAUGUUGGUUGCGAUGAGAAUGAAACACAUUUUUUAACUGAUGUACCAACGAAAAUUUAUUUAAUUUUCACUGAUAUUAAAGAGAAAAAAAAAGAUUAUGAAGUAAUGGGACCAGUGACAAUUGCCAAACAAAAUGGAAGACAAUUAAUUGUUACCACGUGUCAUACAUUUAAAACAUAUAGAAAAUUAAUUGCCGGGCAACUUUUGUACUGUAUUCAAGAGGAUUUAAUUAAACCUUGUGCUAUUGUAACAUGUUCAAUAUUUGAGGAUACAGAAUAUCGUUAUUUAAUUUCUAAUAAUAAUGAACAAAUUGUUUGUUUAAUGUGUAAAGAAAAAAUCGAUGAAAUCGAAUUUUGUGAAAGUCGUUGUAUUGCUGUUAACGAUUUAAUUGUCUGUUAUUAUGAACAAAAAUUUUACAAAAAAAAACAUAUAUUGAGAUUUUUAAAUGAAAAUUUCUGUACAAUUUACACAGUUUGGGAUAAGGCAGUGGAAAAAUAUGAUCCAUUAAAUCCAAACUAUCACUAAAAGUUUGAAGUUUAAUUGAAAAAUUUUUAUAUUUUUAUUUAAAAAAGAAAAACAAAAAAGGAUGCACACUUUUGUAAAGAAUUUUCUUUUUAAUGGAAAUACAUAUACUUAAAUAGUAGAAUAUUUCCAAGCGUUGAAUAUUUUGAAAAUAUUGUAAAACAAAAAGGUUGCAUAUUUUUAUUUAACAUUUAUACGAGUUGACAAAGUUUCUGUAAUUAUUUCUUAAAAUAAAAAAAUUAUUUUAUUUCUUAAA